AUGACAUUUGGUUAUAAGGGAAAUAGAACAGUCGAAACAACAAGAUCAUCGAUCAUGUCGACUGAUAAUCCAAGGGAUGAUUUACCUGGCUCCCAUUUCCUGCCUAAUAUCAAAGCCAAGGAAUAUUAUGUCAACUUGAGCAUGGAUAUCAACCAAUUUCAAUAUAAUUUAAUGUUUAUUAUACGUAUUGCUGUUCUAUCUCCAACAAAUACUAUUAUUCUUCAUGGUAAUGGUAUCGACAUGAAGUCAAAACCUCAAAUUACUCGUAGCUUGGACUUUCAUCAGACUUUAAUACAGUAUCGUCUUCGUAACGCUAGCAGAAGAUCAACUCAAAAUGCCAGCCGUUACUCUCUCGUCCUCGAUAAAAAUCUAGCAAUCGGUCAUUAUUAUAUUCGCUUCAAUCUUACUUCUCAAAUAGCUUCAAAAUUUCUUAGAUGUUGUAAAGACGAAAAGAAUUCUCGAAGCGGAAUGUUAUCCUCCCUGAAAGUCUUACCGUAUUUAAACGAAAAGCUAUUCAAGAUCAAUUUUAAAGCCGUUAUCGUAGCUCAUAAGGAUUACCAGCUCAGAUGGAAUACACAAUAUGCUCGAAAAGCAUCUGUAAGUUCAAACAAGAUCUCCUAUACCUUUGGAGCAUUCAAUUUUAUGUCAUCACGCCUGUACAUGGUUUUACAGAGUGCUGCCAAUUUAUUAACAGAUGGUCAAAGCAUCAUUACGAACGAGCUAUUGCGCAAAAUAGUCAGUUAUAAAAUGGAUCCUUUAUCUGUUAGUCAAGAAAUUCAGAAAUCAGGUAUUAACACCCAAAGGAAUAAUCGAAUGCAUCGUCAAUGUGAAAAAUUAAAUUUGAAAGUUGCCAAGCAAAAGUGGGGAAGUCCGUAUAAUCAAAGUUUUCUUAUCAUCCAAUGGGAUACUUCUUGGCAGCCCGGGGAAUUCGAUUUUAUAGCAGUAUUUAAUAAGAUUCCAAAAUCACCUUUUAAUCAUUUACCACGUCAGUACUAUUGGAUCAAGUACGCUAGAAAUAAUACCAUUGUAACUGAUGUUGUAUAUAGGCAAAAUUUAUAUUACUAUGUAGUCUACUAUACCUAUAAACGCAAUCCUGCAAGUUUGCAAGGAUUUGGUUUUACUCCUGUGAAAGUCAUAUGGAUUUAUAAUAAUCUGACCAACUUGCCUGCCAUGCAAGAUGACUCUGGUUAUGCAGCUCAGCCUCAUCCUAGAAUUAGUCCUCAAGAUGUUAACAUCAAAGAAAGUGUUAUACAAUUACAGGACAGCCAGAACUAUACUAAUCAUUAUCCUUUCUUGACAGCUUCUGGUCAGCACACAUUAGACAUUGGAAUUGACUUAAGUUUAACGUUUAAUUUAAACUGGUAUCAUCCUCAUGAUGUGGACAAGUGGGAUUAUGUUGCUAUUUAUAAUCAUGAUCCUAAGAAUGAUAGUGGUUACAUUGCAAAUCAGUGGUGUUGGGUAAGUGAUUACAAAACUGGAUUCUGUAAUACAGGUGUUCAAUUUGAUCGCCAGCAUCAUUAUUUUGCCGCCUACAUUAGUUAUGAUUAUCAUGCCAAAAAAUAUGUUAUUAAAGAGUCUAUGAAAUAUCCCAAUCAUAGCCACUGGAUGAGUGAUUUAAAGAACUCCAUUAGUAAAGUAAAACUAAGAGAUCUAAUCCUUCCUGGAACCCAUGAUUCUGCUUGUUAUGAUAUGGUAUUUUCUUUAGCGGAUUCAUGGACGCAAACCCAAUCAGAAACGUUCGAGAAUCAACUUUUAGAUGGAAUACGCUAUUUUGAUUUACGCACAGAAUAUAAGAAAGGCAGUAAGGAUAAAUUUCGCUUCGUACAUAAUACGUGGCUAACUACUACUAGUGUACCAAAUUUUCUGCAAUCAGUAAAGACCUUUGUCUCUAAAUAUCAAGAAAUUAUAAUACUAGAUUUUAAUCACUUUUAUUAUUUCAAUGCGAAUAUUCAUGAUGAAUUAAUUGAAGUAAUCAUGAAGCAUAUUGGCAAUGAUAUGGCUCCCAUAAGUUUCACACAAGAUGUUAUUAUUGGCAAAAUGUGGGAUCAAAAUAAGCGUAUUAUUGUAGCUUAUGAUGGUAAAAGUCAAUCAUUAAAGAAUCGAAACAAUAAGAAAUUGUGGCCAGCCAUUCGAUCAGUAUGGCCCAAUGUAGAUCAUGUUCAAGAUGCUAAGAAGAAACUUGAUCAAGAAGUUGAUCGUAAUCAUACCAGUCUAUGGGUUCUACAGGGAAUUCUAACGCCUCUAUCAGAGUCAAUAAUACCUUUUAGCGUUCAACAUUUAGCCAAUACUAUGAAUUCAAAUCUAAAUACUUGGUUAGAGAACGAUUGGCUGCAUAAAAGUAUCAACAUAGUUAUUUCAGAUUUUUAUCUAGGUAACAAUGUAGUAUCAAUUGCAGUGCAAAGAAAUCAAGCUAAAGACCGUGCUCUAAAUGUAACAAUUGGAUAA